AACACUGUAAGCAAGAGAAAAAAUAUCAGGACAGUGUAUAAAAAAUAAGCCAGGUACAAAAUUUAACUGGAAAAUAAGUUAAGAUAAGCUGGAAACGUAAAACUGUAACAAGUAUGGGAGCAGUCAUACAACCAACAGUAAAACAACAAACUGAACAAAGUAAAAAAAGCAGAAAGACGGAAUCUCAGGAUUUAAAACUAGAGAAAAAAGUAGACACGCCUCUUGUUGUAGUAGCCAUAGAUUUUGGAACAGUCCAUUCCGGGUUUGCAUAUUCCUUUAUGGGAAAUGAAGACAACAUAAAGUCAGGAGAACAUGGAGGAAUGCUGCAGGAAGAUAGAGUACCUACAAUAUUGUUACUAAAUCCAGACAAAACAUUCCAUUCAUUUGGAUACAAAGCACAGACUGAUUUUCAUGAGCUUUCAAAACUUAACAGAUCCAAAUUUUACUACUUUGAAAACUUUAAAAUGAAAAUAUAUGAAGAAAGUAAAAUUGAAAGGGAAAUGGUAAUUAAAGAUAUUUCUGGUAAACAACUUGAAGCUAUGACAGUUUUUUCAAUAGCUAUAAAACAUCUAAAAGAUGAAGCAUCAAAGAUAGUAUGUGAAUCAAAACUUGGGCUGAAAGAAACUGACAUUCAUUGGAUGAUAUCAAUACCAGCAAUAUCAUCGGACUCGGCACGUCAGUUUAUGAGAGAAGCUUCAACAAAAGCAGGAAUUCUGGAGACACAUAUUCGUCUUGUUCUUGAGCCAGAAGCAGCAGCUUUAUACAGUACACCACGAAUAAUGACAAAAGAAUUGCCAUGUGGGUUUAUGUACGUACUUGCUGAUUUAGGUGGAGGGACAACAGACAUAUGUGCUCAUAAAAUAAUAGAUGGUGGCAAAAUACAAGAACUAUACCGCGCAACUGGUGAAACCUCUGGUGGCAGUGAAGUUGAUGAAUGUUUUAUUAACAUGAUGAAAACAUUAAUAGGGAAAAAGGUUUGGAGUGAAUUCUCAACUGCCUACCCAUCAGCCUGUGUAAGCCUUGUUAAUGAGUUUAGAUUGAAGAAAAAAGAGUUUAAAUCACAAACAAAUACAAUACUAUUGAAAAUGGAAAAUGCUUUGGUGCAUGUAAUAAAGAGUAAAAAAAAGAACUUAAAUGAUAUAGUUAAAAAGUCAAAAUAUGCCAGAAAAAUUGAGUAUCAUUCUAUUGAUGCUAGACUUUCAAUCAAAAGAGAGAUGCUGGAAGAAUUAUUUAAGCCAUCAGUUGAUAAAAUAAUUAGCAAGUUGAUUGAAGUAAUAGACCAAUGUGAUGAAAAUGAAAUGAAAACAAUUAUUUUAGUUGGAGGAUACAGUGAAUCUCCCUACGUAAGGGAGAGAAUUCAAACACAGUUCUGUAACAUGAGAGUUAUCCUUGUAGAUGAUGCUAGACUGGCUGUGUUAAAUGGGGCAGUGAUGAUGGGCUGGAAACCUAAAAACAUCAUUCAACGUAGGUCCAGGUACACUUACGGAUUAGAUAUUAUAGAACCAUUCAGAGUGGGAAUAGAUCCAGAACAACUUAGGAUUAACCUUGAUGGGGUCAUUUAUUGUGACAAAAUAUUUGAGAAGAUGAUAAAAAAAGGUCAGAUAGUGGAGUAUGGACAGACAUUUAUAUCCUUAGGGUAUGAAACAGAAACUGAAGCAGGACAAAAACAAGAAGUGAAAUUUAUAAAUCUAUAUAGAUCUACCAGAGAAGAUCCUCAUUACUGUAUAAAGGAGGAGGGCUGUAGCUUAGUAGGAACAGUUAAUCUUAUACCACCAUCAGAUGGAUGGCCAGAUAUGUGGAAUUUUGAUCUACAUCUUAUUGUUGGUGAGACUGAGUUCACUGUGAAGUAUUUUAAUCUUAAUACAGGACAAGAAUAUGAAGCUCACAUGGAUUUUCUGUAAUUUUGAGACUGAUAAUCAAUUGUUGUCUAUUACUUUCAUUUCUUACAAUGGCCACAGGAGAAUAUAGUAGUAACUGAAAUAACUUUUAAAUGGCCAUUUCAACAUGACAUGAUAGUGAUGUAUAAAUUGAUAUUGCAAGUUUAUUUAUUUUAUUCUUACAAGUACAGUGUUAUAUUUCUACUUGUAAAGUGUUAUGGAAUUGGAGAACAAUACAAUAAAUUUACCCAAGACAGAGUUAUUGUUUUCUUAAAUAUUUCACUGUAAUAUUUCAGAUUUGAAGUUCCUAGGCCUAAGCGUUCUUUAGUUAUUGAUUGGAAACUGUUUUUACCUACAAGGUCAAAAUGACCUUAACCUUUGACCCCAAAAACAAUAGGGGUCAUCUCCUGGUCAUGAACAACCAUCAUACAACCA